CGAUUCCCCACCCUUUACAUCAUGAGUCCCCAUCUAAGUCUCGUACUUUCCCUGAUAAAUUUCAGCGGUAUGUGCGGAUGGCUCCCUCUAGUUUUGAUGUCCUCUUGGAGAUUGUUCGUGAUGACAUCCAGCGGCAGGAUACGCACCUACGGUUCGCAGUGUCGCCAGAACAGCGCCUUGUGGUGACCCUAAGGUUUUUGGCGAGUGGAGAGUCCUUUUCUUCGCUCCAUUACCAAUUCAGAUUGGGGAAAUCCACCAUCUCUACUUUGGUACCACAGACAUGUGAGGCGAUAUGGAGGAACCUUCAACGCCAGUAUCUUCUAGAGCCAACCACAGCAAUUUGGAAUGAAGCAGCAGAGGGAUACUGGAGACACGCCAACUUUCCAAAUUGCGUUGGUGCACUAGAUGGAAAACAUGUCAGAAUCAGGAAGCCCUCUGGUAGUGGCUCUUUAUUUUACAAUUACAAAAAAAAAAUUUCCAUCAUACUAAUGGCAAUCUGUGAUGCCAGCUACAAAUUUUUGGCAGUUGACAUUGGGGCCUACGGUCAGAACAAUGAUUCACGUGUGUUCAAGGAGUCUAACCUUGGCAAAGCCCUGUAUGCUGGCACAUUCCAGAUUCCAGGACCCAAACCACUACCGGGUAUUGAUGGACCUGCCCUGCCUCAUGUGAUAGUGGCUGAUGAGGCCUUUCAAAUUGCGGAAAACUUGUUGAAGCCAUGCUCAGGGAGAAGAUUUAAUGCCCAAAGGCGUGUCUUUAAUUAUAGAUUGACACGUGCACGCAGGUAUGUGGAAUGUGCUUUUGGUAUCCUCACUAAUAAAUGGCGCAUACUUACCACCAGCAUUCAAGUAAAGCCGGAAUCCGUGGACUCUGUCAUUAAAGCUUGUGUGGUUCUGCAUAAUUUUGUAAUAAAUUUGGAGCCAGCGUCCAUCCCCACCAUGGAGGAAAUAGCAGAGGUUCAACUUUUUGGACUGGAGCCUAACCCAAUCAGAUCAAGUGUUUCAGUGAUGCAGAUACGUGAACAGUUUUGCAACUACUUUUCAUCAGAGCAAGGUGCAUUGCCAUGGCAGCAUACAAUAUGAAUAUUGCAAGAGACAACUGGAAAUCCCAUACCUGCAUUGCUGAAACAUCACAAUUGUGUCCAUUGUAUUAUAGUUCUAUUAUGUUUUUGAAUAAAACACCACACUGUUAAACUUUAAA